CAGUGGCGAUGGAAGAGUACAUCACAAGUCAGUGACGAAAUUCACACCGAUGUUCUCAGCAAAUCUCGAAUCUCUUGCUACAAGGCGAGAGAUGCGUUCUACUCAUGCCUGGUGAAUAAAUCAGACAAGAAGCCUACUGAAAUCGGGACUGUUGGGCUGUUAUACCCAGUUGAUUGCAACAAAACUAGGCAGGGAUAUGUGAAGCAAUGUAGACCCACUUGGGUGAAACAUUUUGAUAGGCAGUACUGUUCUAAGAAGAAAGUUCAGAGAUAUUUGGAUGAUAAUGAGUCGAGGAGAGGUCCGUUGUCACUUCCACAGCCUUAUACCUUCAAACCUCCUUGUUCUUGUUGAUGGCAAAUUUUUUGAAUAUUUUGGAUAUUGACAAGGGGUUACUUAAUGCUUGUUUUUGGUAAGUUUUGCGGUUGUAAGUGAUGGGGAUCUUUCAAUUUCAUCAUGAGUAGUUGUAAAGAGUAAAAUUGGUAGUUGAGGAGCAAUGAAUUGUGUAUUUUGAAGUUGUAAGUUGGAUGCCUUAUGUUUGACAAGAGACUUGAAAUGGCAAAAUUAUCAUUCUCAUU